AUGCAACUACCCCUCCACACGCUAUUCACCAUCCUCCUAUUCCUCACUCUUCAAUCUCCCAUAUCAGCCUUCUUAAACCUAUCUUUCCUAUCCCCAUCUCCACGAGCUAUCGGAACAUCCUUCAAAGCCGACAAACCAUCACUGCCCAAGCGACAUCUAUCUUCUUCGAGGAGGAUAUCAAAGCCUAAGAGGUUCGGUUAUUUCUCAUUUUCGAGACAUCCUAAAUCUCUGCCCGAUUGGGAUCCUCUGGAGGGUGUCGAGGGAGUAUUGAUACAUCGUGGAAUACCCUAUCAGGCAGUGACUGCCCUAAAGGCUGAGUCCAUGGCUAUCGACCGACAUCCCAACGAUGAUGCUGCUGAACAUGAAGACAAGGAGGGAGAGCUAGAAGAAAGGGAUGAUGAUGAUGAUGACGAUGCUGAGGAAUUUAUGUUGGAAGAUUGUGAGAAACGACAAGAGAAUAUCAAUCUGGGUACGAUCCCACAGGAAGAGCUCAACUUGGCGCAAUCCCAGGAAGGUAUAGAAAACAAUGAUCAGUUGAAUGUUGAUGACUCGACUGACGAAGGGAUUACGAGGAAACAUAACGAUAAGAUCUUAUGGUCAGGUUUAGAGUCAUUGUUACCGCUCGAAAAGGGGAUACUGAAGAAGAGACAUAGUUUUCAGUCUGGUGGGGGACGUAAUUACCAUCUGGGGGAUGAAGGGGAUGAGGGAGAUUAUGGUUCGGGAAGGGGGAGAAAAGGGUAUGGCAAACACGCGAACGAAUAUGAUGGUGGAGGAGGGAGCGGUAGAGGUAGACAUUCUAGCCAAGAUCAAGGAGGAUGGAACGAUUCACCUCAAUCUCAUCGUGGAGGGAAUAUGAACGGUAAAGGUCGACCUAGCUCUGGUGGAUGGCAUAGAGGUGGUUCAGGUGGGGGUGGGGAUGGAAAAUACCAAGAAGAUUGGGAAAGACCUUAUUCAUCCUCAUCGAAUAACCAUCAUGGUUAUGGCUCAGGAAGAAACGACGAUGAUGGAAACGAAGGAUGGCAUCACGGUGAUGGUUCAGGCUCAAAAGGAAACGGAAACGGAAAUGGGAAAUGGGAUGAUGGACAAUAUCAUACUUGGAAAUACAAUUCGAAUACAGAUUCAGAUUGGAAUCAUCAUCCUUCUUCCUCGGACUGGAACGAUCAUCCAUGGCAUUCACCAUCUAAUCCCAAGGCCGAAUCCGACCAUGGGUUUUCCAGUCAAUCCUCUUCGAAUGAUCAUCGUUCAGAUUGUAUGAACCUUGCCAACUUUUACAAAUUAGCUCAGCAGAAUGGAGGAGAGUGGCUCAGACACAAUGGAUGGUCUAGCACCGCCACCAACGGAGAUGAAGUGGGAGAUUGCUGUGAAUGGUAUGGCGUGACUUGCGAUCCGAUAUCCAGGAGAGUUACUGCGUUGAACUUGAGAAGGAAUGGGCUGGAAGGUAAUUUGGCCAGGAGUCUUUUCAAUUUGGAUGCGUUAAUGAGACUCGAUCUAUCCCAAAAUACGCUCUCAACCCUUCCAGACAAGUUUGAUUCCUUACCCCGACUUACCCAUAUGAACAUCUCAUCCUCUUCUAUACCAUCUUCCAUCCCUAGCUCGAUAUCAACUUCGGCGUCAUUGAUCAACCUGGAUCUGUCGAAUAACGAAUUAGUCGGCAACGUUCAUUUAUCUGCAUCGAUGUUGAAAUCGGUCGAUCUGUCAAAUAACAGAUUGACCAGUUUCUCAAUAAGCCCAAAUGGGAUGAAUACUCUAAGUAAAGUCGUAUUGAGUAAUAAUGAGUUCAGAGGUGAAUUACCCGAUUUAAGUGGGCUGAGGAGUUUACAGAGUUUGGAUCUCUCCUACAACAAUACUGGACCGCUAUUCGAUAUAUCCAACCUUACCAACCUAACAAGAUUAGACGUUCGUUCGAACCAAUUGACAGGCUCCUUCGCCGCUCUCCCACCAUCGAUUCAAUCACUCUACCUAUCCUCCAACCAAUUCACUGGCCCCAUCCCCUCUCUGCCCUCACCAAAGGGCUUGACGAGCUGUUACGUCCUACCUAACAAUUUCUCACCUUGUCCAUCGAAAGAAGACCUAAGUGACCCAAACACAUUGGCUUCGAAAUGUCAUCUGAAAACAUGUGGUCUACAACAACCGACCACCACAGUCAGUUCGUCAAGCACUAGUGGAGGUGGGACGGGAGCGACAAUCGAUGCGUCUCGAGUAUCUGUCACUACUCUACCCAACUCGCAAAAAGGUAUUCCAGUGAAUCCUUUACCUGGUGAGAACCUGAAUAACUCCCAGAACGGAGGACAACCUGUAGCAGGAGUGUCUUCCAACGAGUGGCAGGGACUAAAGUCGAAGAAUCAAGCUAACCAACUUCCGCAGACACAGAGGUUAGGUUCAAAUAAGUUGAAUAGUAAUGGGUCAAAUACGAUGAAUACCCAAGGGCAAUAUACCAUAGUAGUCGGUUUAUUCGUUUCAUAUGUUUUAUUCCAUUUUGGUGUUUUGUAG